AUGGAACGGAAACGGAGUGGCCGGCGGUACUACAACAAGCGGAAAAAGACGUGGACGCAACAGUGCAAGGACUACUUGCGACAGUUCAUAGCUUUCCUGUUCAGCAACAUCGGCAUCAUUUGUCUGGUGGUCGGCUACACGAUCGCAGGCGCGUUCAUGUUCAUCUUCAUCGAGGGCGCUCCCGGCAACGCCAUAGCGGUCAUCGACCGGGUGGGAGCGAACCGCAGUGGGACGGCCGACAGGAUCUGGGACAUGGUGUGCUGCAACGCGUACUGCGAAGACGAGUGGAAGCGUGAGGUGCAGGUGCACCUCCGGUCGUUCCAGAGUCAUGUCAUCGAGGCCGUCCGCAACUUCAGCUACGAAGGCCCCAACAAGCAGAUGACCCGAUGGUCGUUUUCCGGAUCGUUCCUCUACUCGCUGUCCGUCAUCACCACCAUAGGCUACGGGAACGUGACUCCGCGGACGCUGCUCGGCAAACUGGCCACCAUAUUGUACGCGAUCGUGGGCAUGCCUUUGUUCCUAUUGUACCUGUCCAACAUCGGCGACAUACUGGCCAAGAGCUUCAAGUGGAUAUACGCGAAAUGUUGCCUGUGCCGGAACUGCAAGAAACGCCGAAAGCGCAUGUUGGCCAUACAGCGGAAGGAACAGUGGAAGAUGGAUAUGCGAGACUUCAAACUGAACACCGGCGUGCUCACUGAGGGCGAAGAGAGCGACGACGAGGGCACGACCGACGGAAGUUCCUCGUUAAGCUUCAACGACACGCAAGAGGUUACCGUGCCCAUCUCUUUGUGUCUAACCAUAAUGGUCGGGUACAUUUCCGGAGGCGCCAUACUGUUCUCCAAAUGGGAGUCCUGGGAGUUCUUCGACGGGUCGUACUUCUGCUUCAUAUCGCUGAGCACCAUCGGGUUCGGCGACUUCGUGCCGGGCAACAGCAUCACCGGCUCCGGCACCAGCAUCGGUACGAGCACCAGCACCGGUACCGGUACGGGUCCCGGUAACCGCAGCAGCGCCGGUACCGUUAUCGAGCUGAGCUUCAUACUGUGUUCCAUGUACCUGAUGCUGGGCAUGGCCCUGAUCGCCAUGUGUUUCAACCUGAUGCAACAGGACGUCGUGAUGAAAAUCCGGACGUGCACAGACAUCGUUCGGAGGAUCGGCAGGUGUAAGAACUGA